GCACGUUCUCAUCUUCCCCAAAGGAUCCCUGGGAGGCACAGCCCAAGGGCAGAGGAAGUGCAGAGAAGUAAGCUGGAGGCAUCUGCGGAUGGCUGAGGCCAAGGAGACCUCAAUCUUCUCUGGUGAGCAGCCCCCAGCCUGGCCCAGGGCAUGCCCCAGUUCACUUUUGCUUGCUUCUGUGGCCUCCACGGUUUCUGCAAGAUGAAGAGGAAGAAGGAGGAAGUUCACAGAGAGCGGGAAACGGCGGUGUGAGCGGAACCAGGGCCCCUUCUUCAGCCCCCAGCAGGUCCUAGGCCCGAGGCGCCUGCUUCUGUCUGAGGCUUGGAGCAGGAAGUUUCCAUCUGGCCAGGGCUCUUCUCAGGCGACCCGACCACCUGACCCCAUCUAACCUGCGAGCAUCAGCCUCCUGUGUGCCCUGGCCUCCUCCUGCCCCUGGUUUCCAAUCCUGAGACCUCCCUGGAGAGAGGCCCCAGUCACACCAGGGGAAGCCCAGGA